ACACAACGCUGCGGAUUAAAGGACUCUUUAUUAAACGAUAUGAGUGACGAAUAUUAUCUAGAGCUCAGUGAAAACCCCGUGCAGUUUGAGAACGCGUCGAGCGUCAACAAUGUGUUUUUUGACGAGGCGAAUAAACAGGUGUUUGCUGUACGGUCUGGUGGGGCCACAGGUGUUGUGGUUAAAGGACCAGAUGACAAGAGCUCAGCGGCUUUCAGAAUGGAUGACAAAGGAGAGGUGAAGUGUAUCAAAUUCUCAUUGGGGAACAAAAUCUUAGCUGUGCAGCGCACUACAAAAUCAGUUGAUUUCAUAAACUUUAUUCCUGACUAUCCACACUUGGAAUUCUCCCAUGAGUGCAAGACAAAAAAUGCCAGUAUUCUCGGGUUUUGUUGGACCAACUGGAAUGAGAUUGUAUUCGUCACUGACCAGGGAAUAGAAUUCUACCAGGUGCUGCCCGAUAAACGAACCCUGAAGCUCUUAAAGAGCCAGAGCAUCAAUGUUAACUGGUACAUGUAUUGCCCAGAGACGGCCGUUCUUCUCCUUUCCACCACCGUACAGGGCAAUGUGCUGCAGCCAUUUGCUUUCAAGAGUGCGACCAUGUCAAAGAUGUCCAAGUUUGAGAUUGAGCUGCCAGCCGUUCCCAAACCAGCCAAGCUCAGCCUCUCUGAACGUGACAUCGCUGUGGCCACAAUUUACGAUCAGCUGUAUGUGAUGUACCUGAAGCAUCACUCCAGAACCACUAACAGUCCUGGAGCAGAGGUGGUCCUCUAUCAUCUGCCCAGAGAAGGCACCUGUAAGAAGACUCAUAUGCUCAAACUAAACACCACGGGCAAGUUUGCACUGAACGUGGUGGAUAAUCUAGUUGUGGUGCACCAUCAGAGCUCACAGACUUCACUCAUUUAUGACAUAAAAUUAAGGGAAUUAGACGGUAAUGUAAAUGUGCAUCAGCCUGUGCUUCCUGCGCGAUCCAUCAACCCCUUCAAGAUCCCUCUCACAGGACCUGCGGCCGCUCCAAGUCAGGCCCCUGUGCCCUGCGAACUUUAUUCAUCUUCCUGGAGUGUUUUUCAACCAGAUAUCAUCAUCAGUGCUAGCGAAGGAUAUCUGUGGUACCUCCAGGUGAAGCUCCAGCCCACGCUGAAUCUCCUGCAGGAUAAAGGCAAACUCAUGGACUUCCUGUUGCGGAGGCGAGACUGCAAAAUGGUCAUCUUGUCUGUAUGCUCACAAAUGCUUAUAGGUGGCGAUAAAGGGAACCUUUCUGUGGUGGCUACAGUGUUUGAUAAACUCAACCAAGUGUACAAAGAUUACCUGGACGCAGAGCAAGCGUACACUGCGGCUAUGGAAUCAGGGCCCAGCCGCUCCAGCACUUCUUAUAAAAGGCCUGUCCGGACACAGGCGGUGAUAGACCAGUCAGACAUGUACACACACGUGCUGUCGGACUUCACCGAGAAGAAGGACGCGAAGCAUAAAUUCAUCAUUGCUGUUCUCAUGGAGUACAUUCGCUCCCUUAACCAGUUUCAAAUCCCCGUUCAGCACUAUUUGUAUGAGCUGGUUAUCAAAACUCUGGUCCAGCACAAUCUUUUCUACAUGCUGCACCAGUUUCUCCAGUAUCACGUCCUGAGCGACUCCAAACCACUGGCCUGUCUGCUGCUGUCUCUGGAGAGCACGUAUCCUCCUGCUCACCAGCUUUCUCUGGACAUGCUCAAGAGGCUGUCCACCGCUAAUGAUGAGAUUGUGGAGGUUCUUCUGUCCAAGCAGCAGGUUUUAGCCGCUCUGCGCUUCGUUCGAAGCGUCGGUGGCCACGACAACGUCUCCGCUCGGAAGUUUCUGGACGCUGCACGGCAAACCAACAACACAAUGUUGUUCUACACCAUCUUCCGCUUCUUCGAGCAGAGGAAUAUGCGAUUACGUGGUAAUCCUGGUUUUAACCAAGGAGAGCACUGUGAGGAGCACGUUGUCUUCUUCAAGGAAACGUUUGGGGAGAACGCUUUGAUGAAACAAGCCACGGCGUGAAGGACCACGGUAACAGCUAAAACGAUGGUUUAACCAGAAGGAAUCUAUUCCAUUGAGUAGCAAAAUGAAAACCAACUGUAUGAAGCUCAUACAAACACUAGAGCGAGUCCAGUGUUAAAAGAGACGCUUAACUGUCUUUUCUAUGCAUGUUUGCCAUAAAGUACAGAUGGGUUUAGGAGGAUAACGCAGUAACAGAUUGGUUUCAAUGGAGAAUUACUAAAA